UACAUCUUUUAUGUCAAUGAACAAGGAUAGGAAAGUUUCGGUCUAGACUGGACGUGGGAGUUGAGCGGGUACUGUAUUGAAAGCGAGUGGAGAGGACAUUUCAUUGUUUUUCGAACCGAUCUAAGAAGUUGUGCAGAGUGCCUGUUUUGUCCCAAACAUGGCUGUCAAUGUAUACAGUACAAGUGCUACAUCAGAAAAUCUUAGUAGACACGACAUUUUGGCUUGGGUCAAUGACAGCUUGCAGACAAACUAUGGAAAAAUUGAAGAGUUGUGCACAGGUGCUGCAUAUUGCCAGUUUAUGGACAUGCUCUUUCCAGGAUGUUUGGCUUUGAAAAAAGUGAAAUUCAACACAAAGUUAGAACACGAGUUCAUACAGAAUUUCAAGAUCCUGCAAAAUGCAUUUGCCAAAAUGGCAGUCGACAAGGUGAUUCCUGUGGAACGGCUUGUCAAGGGACGAUUUCAGGACAAUUUUGAAUUUGUGCAAUGGUUCAAAAAGUUUUUUGAUGCAAACUACCAGGGUAAUGAUGACUAUGAUCCUCUCAGUGCAAGGGGUGGUGAACCAGUUGGUGCAGCAAAACCAGGAGCACUCAACAAAGUACCUACCAAGCAGGUCCCAGCAGCAACCAAACCAAAAACACCAUUGGUCAAGACUUCCCUUACACGACAGCCAGCUAACAACAUGCGAUCGCCGCUGUCAAAACCAUGCUCCAACCAUGCAGGGGGCGAAGGUCCUUUAAUAGAAGAGCUAAGGGCAGAGGUGCGGCUACUCAAUGCAGAGAAAGAGGGCUUGGAAAAAGAGCGUGACUUCUAUUUUGCUAAACUUCGCGAUAUUGAAGUCCUCUGUCAGGAGCAUGAGAAUCAGCCUACAAUAAAGAGCAUCAUGGAAAUUCUGUAUGCUACAGAGGAGGGAUUCGCUCCCCCAGCAGAUAAUGAAGCGGACUUUGAGCAAGAAGAAUACUGAGAAUAGUGCUUUGUGCACACAAAAAAAGAACAAAUCAUUUUGCCACCAAACUCAACCACGAAACCACUGCAUCCUUGAGGUGCUUUUUCAUCUGCGUUCUAGUGAUGACAUGUUGGGAGGCUGUACUCAUCAUGGCUUGGGGGAGGGAUGUAAUAUGGGAGGUGGAGGGAGGGUUUCACUUCAGGACACUGCUGUUUUCAUGAAGGGAUGUGCCAGAAGUUGGCCUUUGCAGAUGUGUCAGCAAUCCGUUUGUCCUUGCCCCUUCAUAUGUAGCAGAAGAUUGAAAGCUUAUGAGGGGUAUAUGGCUCAGAGGUGCGUGAACUUUACGUGAGAUCAUAUUGCACCAUAAUUGAGUCAUGUUUGCACAUAUUCUAGCAGGCAUGGCAUAAAAAAAAGCGACUGGUAAUGCCGGCUUACCUGUGCUUGGUUGGGCCCUCAGGCUGUUCCUUUGUGCUUUCUUACCUAUCUAAUCUGUCACAGUCUUGCUUAGUGUAUGCAAAUUUUGCUUUCAAAAGAAAUUGGGAAGGUCGGGAGGACUACACACAUAGCAUCUUAAGUGGUAACUAUUAAUGGGUUUUUAAGCUUGGCCCACUUAUCGAUUGCCAUUCUUAAAGUUAACUUAUUUAUUCCCCAGAAAAUGAUCUUUUCCUAAUUGCAUUUAGGGCAACGGGCUGAAGAAGCUGUGCUCUGGUUUGCCACCUGUGCGCAUUGGCCUUGAGUUUUUUGCCCAGUUGUUUUGUGUGCAGUAUUUGUCACCUACUCCAACUAGAAUCUGAGACUAGUGAUCUCUACUAACUGUUCUAAUUGUUUGCAUUUUAUGCCUUCAUGGAUACCACCUAAUUGUCGGAACAAUAGUUCACGUAGAAUGCUUUAUCCUGGGGACAGCUUUUUAAUUUGUAAUUAAUGGUAAAAAUAUUUCUUUGGAUAAAAAGGUGGCUUAAAUGUUUAGCCUUCAGUGUCUCUUCUUAAAAGCUAUAAGAAAUUGCUGAUUUGUAUGUUAUUUAGUUGCAGAUAUAUCUGGUUAACUGUAUAUAAAUGUCAAGGAGAAAUAAUUACUACUAAUGUGAAUCAAGAUAGAUAAUCAUAUAGCUUACUUCAAAAAAAUAUAUGAAGCCACAAUGCAAAGUACUUAGUCUUAAAAGUGAGAGCUUGUGUUUUUUAUGAAUAAUUGCUUCUGUGCACUCCACCCUUCUCACAUUUUCCAUCCAUUGUCUCUCAUCUUGAAAAAGAUGAGACAAAAUCUGUGUGUUGAGUCUUAUGCUUUGUUGAUUCUGUACCGAAAAUAUUGGUCCAUUAACUACCACACCCCCCCACCCCCUGUUUUAACCCUGUCACAACUUUUAGUUGGGAAAUAUACCAGAUACACAAUCUAGAGAAACAUUAACUUUUUUUUCUUUUAUAGGAGCGUUGGAGUGGGGAUGGGAGUGGGGGGCUUGGAUGAGCUACUUCAAAGAAGUCUUGAAGUAAUAUUUCCAUAUUAAUAUCUAAAUCAAAAUAUGCCUUGAGUGAAUGAUAGCCCUUUUUUCCUUUGUUUUGAUUUUUUCCUCUUCUCUUUCCCAUGAAGUAAGAAUUCAUUCUUACAUAGUGUGGUAUGCAGGUCUCACUGUGAAAGUCUGUAAUGCCUGAUUUUAGCCUCGUCAUGUGUCCUGUUAAUCACCACAACAGAUGUAUGAAUUUUUUUCUGUCUGCCUAUUCGAUGCGAAUAAGACACAAACUGCUACAGUUGCUUUUUGCAAUGUUCAUGUACUAUACAACUUGUUUAAUAAAUGCAGUAAGAUUUUC